AUGCCGGAACCUCAGCAACCAGUCAUCAUCCCGGUCCCGAACUACCCCAGCUACUCGCCUCCGCCACCGACGGUCUAUCAACCUUACCCAUUCGCGGUCUGUGGCGGUGUACACGGUAUACCGCCACCGACUAUAAUUGGAUCGGAGCUUGCCACUUCGGCAGAACUUCUGACCUACUCGCUUGCGGGCAAGCUUGCGUAUGUCCCGGCCGGGAAGACAUAUGAAGAAGCCCUUGACCACGCUGUAGCAGCAUUCCCGGCGCUUGGGGCGCUCGAGCGCUCACGCAUCUCACUCCAUGUUGCGGGCCGCGAUGCACUCGUGCGGGUCACAGGUGGCGCUUGGUCGUCUGUGCUCAAGGAUCUGCCCAAAUACGAGAUCGUUACCGUCGAAAUCGAGCAGCCCGUUGAGGAUGCACCACCUCAAUAUGAUCUGCCCAAGGCGAACGGCGAUAAGGAGUCGUCCUCGCCAUAUAAAGACAUACGCAAACGCAAGGGCGUCUUUGGCUGGCUAAAGGCGCUCUUCGGCAAGGCGUAG